UGCGCGGGUCUGCGGGUCAGUGGAGGUGCAGAGAGCGGGGCCUGGCUCGGCCUCCCCGGCGCGUGUUGGUGUGCAGCGGGAGCCCUCCGUCUCCAACUCGUGGAGGAGUGCAGCGGGCGUGUGCCCCGGCAUUGGAACGUGAGCUCGUGCUCGCCUUUUCCGUUAAACGGUCGACCCCCACGCAUACACUCCAGUCCCCUGUUAGUUGGUCUUUGCGCCUCGGCGAGCCCCUCCUCACCCAGCCCCUCCUACUGGACCCCGGCUCCCUCGCCCGCCUGCCCCGCAGCGGUCUGCAGUCAGCUUCGUCCCUGGGGUCCCUGCUUGGGGGCGGAGAAGAUGGCUGGUGGACGUCUGCUGUUGGGGGGCGACUUCCUGUCGCCGCCGCCGCUGCCGCCCCUCCCGCCGCCGCCGCCGCUGCCGCCCCUCCCGCCGCCCCCUCCCGAGCCAGUGCUGGAGCAGUGGCGCUAUAGCCACGAAAGCGACUGGCAGUGGGCUUUGCGGCGCAGCUUCAUCUGCCGGCACCUGCACAGCUAUCCCGGGGCUGCCCUCGACCAGCUCCUCGCACUCUCCGCCGCCUGGACCAACCACGUUUUCCUGGGCUGCAGGUACAGUCCACGCUUGAUGGAAAAAAUUCUCCAAAUGGCUGAAGGUAUCGAUAUUGGGGACAUGCCUUCAUAUGAUCUGAUGCUGUCCAAGCCCUCCAAAGGUCAAAAACGCCACCUCUCAACAUGUGAUGGUCAAAAUCCUCCUAAAAAGCAAGCCGGUUCCAAAUUCCAUGCGAGACCUCGUUUUGAGCCUGUACAUUUUGUAGCUAGUAGUUCAAAAGAUGAAAGACAGGAAGAUCCUUAUGGUUCUCAAACAAAAGAGGUAAAUGAACAAACACAUUUUGCCAGCAUGCCAAGAGACAUCUACCAAGAUUAUACUCAAGACUCUUUCAGUAUACAAGAUGGGAAUUCUCAGUAUUGUGAUUCAUCAGGAUUUAUUUUCACCAAAGACAAGCCUGUGACAGCCAACAUGUAUUUUGACAGUGGGAACCCUGCCCCAAGCAGCACGUCACAACAGGCAAACUCUCAGUCAGCUCCUGAACCUUCACCAUCACAGACAUUUCCUGAGUCAGUGGUAGCUGAGAAGCAGUAUUUUAUUGAAAAAUUAACAGCGACCAUCUGGAAGAAUCUUUCUAAUCCAGAGAUGACUUCUGGAUCUGAUAAAAUUAAUUAUACAUAUAUGCUAACUCGUUGUAUUCAGGCAUGUAAGACAAAUCCUGAGUAUAUAUAUGCUCCUUUAAAAGAAAUCCCUCCUGCUGACAUCCCCAAAAAUAAAAAACUUCUAACAGAUGGUUACGCUUGCGAAGUUAGAUGCCAAAAUAUCUACUUAACUACAGGUUAUGCUGGCAGCAAGAACGGGUCCAGGGAUCGAGCUACUGAGCUAGCUGUAAAACUCUUGCAGAAACGUAUUGAAGUUAGAGUUGUGCGACGGAAAUUCAAGCACACAAUUGGAGAGGACCUUGUGGUGUGUCAGAUUGGCAUGCCUUCAUAUGAGUUUCCUCCAGCUCUAAAACCUCCAGAAGAGUUGGUGGUCCUGGCUAAAGAUGCUUCUGGGCAGCCGAUUUUUAAUGCUUCAGCCAAACACUGGACCAAUUUUGUUCUUACAGAAAAUGCAAAUGAUGCUAUUGGUAUCCUUAACAAUUCUGCCUCAUACAACAAAAUGUCAGUUGAAUACAAAUAUGAGAUGAUGCCAAAUCGCACAUGGCGUUGUCGAGUGUUUUUGCAAGAUCACUGCUUAGCUGAAGGUUAUGGAACCAAAAAAACAAGUAAACAUGCAGCUGCUGAUGAGGCUUUGAAAAUUCUUCAAAAAACACAGCCCACUUACCCAUCUGUCAAAAGUUCACAAUGCCAAACUGGCUCUUCACCCAGGGGAUCCGGAAAGAAGAAAGAUAUAAAGGAUCUUGUUGUUUAUGAGAAUUCUUCAAAUCCUGUGUGCACGCUGAAUGACACAGCUCAGUUUAACCGAAUGACAGUUGAAUACGUCUAUGAAAGAAUGACAGGCCUCCGGUGGAAAUGCAAGGUGAUUUUAGAGAGCGAAGUAAUUGCAGAAGCAGUUGGAGUGAAGAAAACUGUCAAAUAUGAAGCUGCUGGGGAAGCUGUGAAGACCCUCAAAAAGACCCAGCCAACUGUCAUUAACAACUUGAAGAAAGGAGCUGUUGAAGAUGUGAUUUCAAGAAAUGAAAUUCAGGGCCGUUCAGCAGAGGAGGCUUAUAAACAACAAAUCAGAGAAGACAACAUAGGAAAUCAGCUGCUGAGAAAGAUGGGUUGGACGGGUGGUGGUUUAGGUAAAUCUGGCGAGGGAAUACGGGAGCCCAUUUCGGUCAAAGAGCAGCAUAAGCGGGAAGGACUUGGUCUUGAUGUUGAGAGGGUAAAUAAAAUUGCCAAGAGAGAUAUUGAACAGAUCAUCAGAAACUAUGCCCGCUCUGAGAGCCACACAGAUUUGACUUUCUCGACAGAGCUGACUAAUGAUGAGCGGAAGCAAAUACAUCAGAUUGCUCAGAAGUAUGGUCUUAAGAGUAAGUCCCAUGGAGUGGGCCAUGAUAGGUACCUGGUGGUAGGUAGAAAAAGACGGAAGGAAGACUUACUUGAUCAGCUCAAACAGGAAGGCCAGGUGGGGCAUUAUGAGCUUGUUAUGCCUCAAGCAAAUUGAGAUCUUACUAAUUUAUUUUCUAAAUGCCUAAAACUGCUAUUUGUGAAUCAGAGAAAGAAAUGCUACAUUUUCUGGUUGCAGAGUAUAUUCAUUCUUAAGAUGUUUCACCUUGUUCAUUUCAUAUAGUGCUUUAUUAGAUCCAGGAACUCAAAGAAUUCUCUCCACUUGUUUUAGCUUAAUCCAGAAGAUAUUGUGCAGUUACUGUUUGUGUCUUUGAUAUUGCUGUGUCCCUCAGAUUUUAGUGGUUUGCUCAGGCAAGAACAUAUACCCAAGUGGAAUUUUACUCUCAGAAAAAAAUUCUCAUUUUAAAGGGCAUAGCACAGCAAUCUGCAACAAUAUGUAAAGUUGAUAUUGACUACAAAAAAAAUUGUAGUCUUAAUUCCAGAAUGACUGAAAAUGUCAGAUCAUUUUGUAUUAUCUAUUUCCAUCUUCGUGUGAAGCUAGUUAUAGGAUGUUUAACAGUAAAUUGUGUUGUAUGUGUAAAUGUCCUUACCAACUAAACGAUGUAAAACUUUCUUGAAGUAACUUUAGUGUUCAUUUAUUUAUAACUUCUACCAUGUGGUUUUCAGAAUAUUGGAAGUGAUUUACUGUAUCUUGUGAUAUAUGGGUUUUAAUAAAUUCUAGUCUUCAUACUGAGAGAGCACUACUUGAGAGAGCAAUUGAAAGGAUUCAAAAACUGUCCAAUUCAAUCUGAAGAAAGGAAGCUUGAACUGUUUGUUCUUGGUGCCUUGUAGAGAGACUCACAGCAACUCUCCCUUAUAGCUUUCAUAUGGUUUGGAUGUAUAGCACAUCCAGAGCAACCACAACUGUGGUAGAGCUUGGUAAAAGAUUGAAGAUACAUUGGUGCUUUGAUGAAAAGGUCAGUUGACUGGUCCCUCUCUCAAAAAGCUUACUAAACUCCAAAAGCCAACUUUGUAACAUAUUUAAAACUGCUAUUUUUGCUUAUUUCUGGAAUGUAAAAAAAUGUAUAAAAUGAAAUAGUGUAUGCUUCCUGAAUAAAGAGGAGCUGAAGUUGAUCAAAAUGGUGGUGUACUUAUUUCUGGGUAGCAGCCAAGUAGCAACACUUUGGGUCUUUGGAGAAGGGAAGUAGUAUUUGCACAAAAUAUUUCAACACUAGAGCACAUUGAUGAAUAUAAUGAUUUAGCAGAUAGGAAGAGCUAAUCAGUCACCCAUCGCAUUUUUCCCAAGGACUGACAUGCUGGCUGCAACCAAAUCUCAGGCUGUUCACUUUUACUUGAUUUUGUUUUUGUAUCUCAGAUAAAUCAAGUAUAACCUCACCUAUAAAAGCACAGAUGAAUAUUAAUAUUGAUGAACACCUCCGGUGAAAUGCUCUUUGUAACAAUUAGGUUGUUUAUGGUGUCUAAAAUAUUUGGCACCAUCCUUGACAUGUAAUUGGCCCAUGAUAAACAGUAAAGUAAUUUCCUUUCCUCUCCUUAUUUAUAUGUGCCAUUAGGAGGCUGUCCACUGUAGUUAAAUCAAUAUUUUUAAGAUGUAAAGGGAUUAACUUUUGCACCUGGAUCUCGGUAACUGGUAGUCACCUACAAUGACUAGCACAGUGCUUGAUAUUAACUUUCUGCUACCUUUCUUCCUACAGUAUUGUAGACUUCCCUAAUGUUGGUAGGAAGAGAAAUUGGGUAUUUUAACAAUGGCAAAGAGAAUUAAGCUUCAAUCUUUUAAAAUUUUAUAAGACGUUAAAAUUUUUUUCUUUUAUCUGCAAGGUUUAUUCCAACCUUAAGAAUCUGUGGUUCAAUUAAAAUUAGAAAAGCCAGUCUUCACUUCUCUGUGGCUUUGAAGGAGGGAGCUUAAGGGCAUGACAUCUUGACUCAUUUCUUUCCUCUUUCCACAGUGAUUUUUUUUUGGGGGGGGGAAGGUAGGAAAAUGUUACAUAUAAUACUGGUUUGAUUAGAUGAGUCCAACAGAACAGAAUAGUAAUGUGAUUAGAAAGCUCAAAUAAUUGGGCUGAGAAUAUACAAAUUCGGUUCCCGGAUUCGAGGGGCCAGAUUUCCUAACUGCUUAGGUCAGCUUUGGUAUUGAUGCAGAAUCAGGGCAAAGUCACUUAAAUCUGCUUGAAAAUAAAAUAUGUUGAGAUGUGGGAUUGGCAAGAAUGAAUGGCUGCCAACCUUACUGUUCUAGUUUGUCCCCUUUUAGUCGGUUCCUGUGUUUUCCCUUUCUUUGAAAUAGCAGCCAUUUUUAACCUGACAACUUGGCUAUAAAACAUGCACAGGUAAAUGAGCAGUUUCAAGUUUUAUUUGAAUUACUUAAAUAUUAAAAUACUGAGGAAGUUCUGCUUUCAGUUAAAUGUAGCAUUGAGUCUCGUAGAUCUACUUCUGAUAAUUUUUUCCCUGAUUACAAAAUGAAUGGAAAUUUCAUGCAUUCCAUUGGGAUUCUUUUUUUAGUAGUAUACAAUGCAUUCACUUUGCUAUGAGUAACCCCUGAAGCUGGCAAUGGGUCCUAAAUAAAGGACUCUAAUUACAACUUUGGUUCUUCAUCAUUGCCCCUUCCCUACAUCAGCAGGUGCAGGAUUGAAGACAAGUUCAAAUCUGACAGCCAUUUGAAAAGGAACCUCUCACAUCCAUUUUAGUUAACUUAGUUAUAAUUACUACAUGCAGGCAGUCUGUAGUCUUUGUAAAAAAAAUUUUAAGGGGAAAAAUGCAAAUUAGUGUUCAAUGUUCAAAUGAAUGGUUUGUGGUGCCUUUGACCAUGGGUAUGAUGCUUUGGCGUGUCAGCUUGUCUGUCUUGAGUUUUUAGAAGGGUCAUCUUAUAAAAGAGAUUGGGAAUAGUGUUUUUCAGGAGGUGUACAAAAGAAAAGGUUUUAAAUCUCUCCAUUCCCAAUCUCACCUUAAAUAUUUUCAAGUAUGCCCAACAGUGUCAAAAUAUUUAAGAUACUCGGGCCACAGUAGUAUGAAAAAGUUAAUGUAAAACUCAUCCACCAAUAAAGAUCAAUUUAAUGUGGUUCUACCUUGAAGCAAAAAAUAGGAACUGAGGGAAAAUAUUAAGCACAUGUAAGGAAGUUGCCCCCAGUUGAAAUAAAUCCAUUAAUGUAGUCUUCAGUGUAGUACAUUUUACUUUAUGUACCAUGUCUCAAAGGCAGAGGACUUAGCUUAAUUUCAUUUAGCCCCCAAAAGAAGUACCAAGAGGUGAUGAGUUUUCACAAGUAUCCUUUUCUCUUUAAAAUGAGCUGGGCAAAGGAGAGGCUAGGCCUCCCUGUAUUUGUGCCUAAGAGUCUCCUCCUGAAUGCCUCUUUGUUGCUCAGAUGUGGCCCUCUCUCUCUGGCUAA